AUGCGCAGUAGUGUGUGCCAGGAACCAGGAAGUGCAGUGACAGAUCGAAGGUACUUUUGAGCUGCUGCUGUUGUUUCUACUCAAGUUUGGUGAUGGACUGGAUCGGGUUCUGCUACGCUGCGGCCAUCGCCCUUGGAGGGUUCAUGGGCUACAAGCGAAAAGGCAGCGUGAUGUCCCUGAUGGCGGGGCUAGUGUUUGGUGGAUUAUCUGCUUAUGGUGCCUACAAUGUCUCAAAUGACCCAAAGGACAUUAAGGUCUCAUUGAUUGCCUCUGGACUCCUUGCAGUAAUCAUGGGCAUGAGAUACAAGAAGUCUGGGAAAUUAUUGCCUGCUGGGAUUAUGUCGGGGCUAAGUUUGUUAAUGGUGUUUCGACUUUUGCUCCUGAUCAUGGCGUGAGUGCAUGAACAACACCGACCAGUCUGAGGAGACACUGUCAGCCUCUGAAUGAACAAAGGAAACAUGGUUCCCUGUCAGCACCAGUCAUCUGCUACGUGUAAUAACAAGCACUGACACGACAGCGUGAUGUUUAAAUGUGUUGUGUUUUGAUAGAGUUCAUUCCAAACCAUCAGUAAAUGGAUUUGAAGCUUAUUUUGUAGAUUUCAUUAUUUCCCACAAAAUACUAAAAAACAGUUAAAACCAGUCAAACCAUCACCUGCUUUAAUACAUGGUCAGUGUUAAGUUUCCUGGGACCAGAAUCCUUAUACAAGCUUCCAGGGCCGGGUGUUCAAACCAGACUUAAGUUCAACAUUUUGUAAUUAAUCUCUCCGCUGAUCAAACCUUUUUUGUAAACCUUAUGAAUUUAUAUUGUUUAAUUUUGUCUUUAUUCACUGAUGUAUUCGCUCACAGUCGAGCAGCACAAGAGAUGUACAUGACAUUUGUGGGUGUUAUUGUUUGUCUUGAAAGUGGCCGUUUACAGUUUUGUGCUGCAGGAUAUUAAACUGAAAUAUUCAAAUUA